AUGAUUUUCGACGCGCCACCCAAUCCGGAAGCGCAACAUGCGCGCACUGCGGUAGAGCACGCUGCUUUGCCGCAAUCAAGAGAAGUCGGAGAUGCCGUCUAUCCAGUAUCAAGCGAUGGUUCAAGGUUGGGAGCAAAACCUUCACCCUUUGCCAAAUCAUGGGCUCAUCUCGUCGCUGGAGCCGCAGGCGGAAUGGCGGCAGCGACACUGACAGCACCGUUAGACGUAUUGAAGACUCGGCUGCAGUCUACCUAUUAUCAACAGCAACUUGUUGCUUCUAGACACGCGCGAGGCUUACCCCCGAUUGAGACGAUGUCUUUCACGCGCAGUUCACUCCUCCACGUCCGCGAAACAUUUCAGAUACUAUUCGCGGUUCCACGUGCAGAAGGGUGGAGAGCGCUGUUCAAAGGUCUUGGUCCGAAUCUUAUAGGAGUCGUACCUGCUCGCGCAAUCAACUUCUAUGUUUACGGCAAUAGUAAAAAUCUCAUCAGCGCCCAUUUCAAUGGAGGGAAAGAGACGGCCUGGGUACAUGUAUGCUCUGCCGCCUCUGCAGGACUUGCAACUGGGACUGCUACAAAUCCUAUAUGGCUAGUGAAGACGAGACUACAACUCGACAAAGCCAAUGCUCGCGUAACUGGUGGACGGCAAUAUCAGAAUGCAUUGGACUGUACGCUACAAACAGUCCGCACAGAAGGCAUCAAGGGGUUGUACCGCGGCCUUACGGCAAGUUACUUGGGCGUCGCGGAAAGUACGAUGCAGUGGGUUCUGUAUGAACAGGGCAAGUUAUACCUGGAAGAGCGACAAGAGCGACAAGAGAGGUCCGGAAAAGCAAGGACUGCGUGGGAUGACACAGUAUCUUGGACUGGUCAACUCUUCGUUGCGGGCGGAGCGAAGUUUGUGGCCGCGCUUGUCACUUACCCGCACGAGGUCGUCCGCACGCGAUUACGACUUGCCCCAACGGAGAAUGGCCAAAUUAAGUACACCGGACUUGUACAAUGCUUUAAACUCAUCUUCAAGGAGGAGGGCAUGGCAAGUCUAUAUGGUGGUCUCGUGCCUCACAUGCUACGCGUUGUACCCAGUGCUGCGAUCAUGUUCGGCACCUACGAAUCUGUUUUGAAACUUCUCGGCUCAACCUCGAAAGUGUGA